GUUAUGUUACAAACAUCUUUAUCAAAUAUUGAUAAACAAAAUUAAUAUCAAUAUAUAGAAGCUUGUGCACCAAGUGACAGUCUUAAGAAAUCUUUGUCGGAAUAUCGUUGUUUUAAUUAAUUAGUUUGUAGGAGAAAAAAUAUAAAAAUGUCUCAGACUCAAGAAAAUACUGAAAAUGAUAAUAAUGAAGCAGAAUUUAGUGAAAUAGAUCCUUUAAGAAAUAAAAUACAAGAUACAGAAGAAAAAGAAAGAAGAUCAAGCAAAGAUACUUUAUUAAAUGUACUUAAUAAUGUGUCCGUGGAACCUACGGCUAUGCUUUUUGUGCUUGCAACAAUUUUAGUAUUAAUAACAUCACAGAAUUUAAGUCUUGAAAAAGCUUGUCGAGUUAAUCUUAAUUAUACAAGUGAAAUUUGUGAUUCUCUACGUGCACAGAACAUGGAGUCACAAAAUGCAUAUGAAAGAGAGACACAGAAAUUGAUAGCGUCAGCAAUGGCUUGGAAAACUUAUCUAACUGCGACUAUCCCUUGUGUUAUUGCACUUUUCGUUGGAUCCUGGUCAGAUCGUACUGGACGUAGAAAAAUAUUUAUAAUCUAUCCACUUUUGGGACAAAUUCUUGUGUGUAUAAAUGGUUUGAUAAACACUUACUUCUUUCACGAAAUAGGUCUUGAAUAUUUCGUUUUGUUCGAUGGAAUAUUUGAAGGUCUAGCUGGUAGUUGGUGUGUUUUGUUUCUUGUUGUGUUUUCAUAUAUCAGUUCUAUAACGACAGCUGAGAAUAGAACAUUUCGAAUGGGUUUAGUAAACUUCAGUAUGUCAGCUGGAUUUCCAAUAGGAAUGGGUAUCAGUGGAUUUUUCCUUAAAACUUAUGGAUAUUACGGUUGUUAUGGAUUAGCGUGUGCAUUACAUGUUACUAAUGUUACUUAUAAUUUAAUCUUUUUGAAAGAUACAACGAUAAAGAAAACACAAACACAGGAGGAGGGUAAAGGUUUUCGUUACUUUUGCAAAACAUUUUUCGACUUGUCCAACUUAAAGGAAACUGUCAAGACAGUAUUCAAAAAAGGCGAAAAUCACAGAAGAGCGCGAGUGAUAAUUUUCUUAGCGGUGGUCGCUAUGUUGUUCGGUCCAAUGUAUGGUGAAAUAUCGAUUUUGUACAUUUCAACACGAUUCAGAUUUAAUUGGGACGAAGUGAAGUUCAGUAUUUUCCAAACAUACAAUUUUGUUGCUCAUUCACUUGGUACUAUUUUCUCCUUAACCGUCUUCAGUAAGCUUUUAGGAUGGCACGAUUCACUUCUAGGAAUUAUUUCUACAACCAGCAAAAUCUUGGCUUCGUUUGUAUACUGUUUUGCGCCUAAUCAAAUGAUAUUUGCACUCGGUCCAUUGGUUGAAAUAUUGAAUGGGACAUCAUUUUUAGCAUUAAGAUCUUUACUAUCUAAGAUGGUUGCUGACGAUGAAUUCGGCAAAAUCAACUCUUUGAUAUCUCUAAGUGAAACUCUGAUGCCACUUUUCUACAUUCCCUUAUACACAAAGACGUACGCGGCGACAAUGGACGUAUUACCAGGCGCAGUCUUCCUGCUGGGUACUGCACUAACACUUCCAGCUGUAUUAGUGUUUAUUUGGCUUUUCUACGAGCACAGAAGAGGGUUAAGGAAAUCAAGAAAAGAUAAAGUUAACAAUCAAUUGUGAUAUCUCAGUGUGAAAUACGACCUUAACCUAAUGAAAUUAAGUCCCAUAUUUCCUAAUUUGGGAACACAUGAAUGAUUUUGUGAAAUGUUAAUUAUUAUGUCCACCUUCCUACUACAGACAGAGUAUUUUCAUUUGAUAAAUGCAGAUAGAUAAUAAGAUAGAAAUAAAUAACCACUUAGUUAAAUAACUAGAUAAUAAUAGAAUUUAAUCUAUUGUUAAAUGUAGAAAUUAAAACAAUAAUUAAGAAUUAA